UUUCCUCGUGCACAUUUUCAUCGGAAAUAUAUAAGAAGAAAAAGAAAAACUAAAGGCAGAAGAUAAUGGCAAGUGGAGAGACUGAGCUUUACUUUGUUUUCAUGAACUAUGAUCCUGAAUACGAACGCCUUCUAUCCAAAAGAAAAAAGAAGGGAAGCUAUGAGCUGGAUCUGUACAUAAGCAAGAAACAUGAUGAGCUGUUAGCAAAUACCUUUGAGCCAGGCAGCUAUAAAAAGAGAUUAUCUUUGGUUAUUGUUGAUGGUUUUGCUGUUGAAAUCACUGAUUAUCAGGCCAAUGUGCUUAGAUCUGCAAAAGAAGUGAGGGUUGUGGAGAAAAAUCAAGAGCUUGCAUAAUGCCGGCCGAUGACUGUUUCUUGUCAAUGAUUAAUUCUUGGAGAAAAUUAAUGGAAAUCUAAAACUCCCCCCCCCCCCCCCUCCAAAAGAAAAAAUUAAAAAAAUGAGAAAAGAAAAUUGUGGGGUUUGGUGGGGAAAGAAAUAAUUGUUUUAGUAUUAAUGCUUCAUAUUUUGGAGCUAAACUAUAUAUAUGUAAACUCAUCUUUGUUCUUAAUUAAUUAAGCUAACAUAUGGUACUGUUUUCUA